GCGCGACGUGGCGUGCGUGGCCCCGCGCGCGCCCCGUCGUCCAGGCCGCCUGCGCGCCCGCCAGCCUUGAAGAGGAGCGGUUGCGCUGGGUUUGAGGAACGCAGAGGCUGGGAAGCGGCGACGCUGGCGUGGAGAGGAAAAGGGCUGGUUUCUGGGCGGGACCAAGUCUGUGAGGGGACGAGGCUUCGCGAAGAGGCUCCGGUGGCCACGUCCUGCAUCCCCGCUUGAGCGGCCGCCCGGGAUCGUGGUCCUCCUUCAGGGCCUCCAGUCAUGGCCGAGGUGAGGAACCGGAAGAAGCCGGGGCCCAAGGCAUCCCCUUCGGAGCCCGGAAAGCGGAGCGAAGGCGGCAGGAGCCCCGAGGCCCCAGGCGGUGCGCCCGCGGCCUGGGCGGACCCCCGUAUCGGGCUGAGCCUGCUGUCGCUGGGGACGUGCCUGGGCCUGGCCUGGUUUGUAUUUCAACAGUCGGAAACGUUUGCAAAGGUGGAAAACCAAUACCAGUUACUGAAAAUAGAAAACAAUGAGUUCAAAGGACUUGAAAGUAAAAUCAGUUUAAUUUCAGAGAAGCUUGAGUCUACUGAAAGUACCCUGCAGGAAGCCACGUCUUCCAUGUCUUUGAUGACCCAGUUUGAACAGGAAGUAUCCACCCUCCAAAGAUUCAUGCAUGACAUUGAGAAUAGUGAAGAGAUGCUCACUCAAAAGAUGCAAACCCUUAAUGAGAAAUUCCAAAAUAUUACAGAUUUCUGGAAGAGAAGCCUAGCAGAAAUGAAUGGUAAUACAGAAAUUUUCAAAUCAGAAGCAAAGCAUAUACAUUCUCAAGUUACUGUCCAAAUUAACUCAGCUGAACAAGGAAUAAAAUUGCUCACGGAACGGCUAAAAGAUUUGGAAGACAGCACACUACGAAAUAUUAGGACAGUAAAAAGACAAGAAGAGGAAGAUCUUAUGCGAGUCGAAGAGCAGCUUGGCUCUGAUACAAAAGUAGUUGAGAAGUUAGAAGAGGAACAGAAUGCUCUCCUUGCCAGAGAUGAAGAUCUUACUAAUAAACUUUCCAACUACGAACCCAAAGUGGAGGAAUGUAAGAUGUAUUUGCCUACAAUUGAAAAUGCUAUUCACUCUGUUCUCAGAGUAUCUCAGGACCUGGUGGGAACGGAAAAGAAAAUGGAAGAGCUGACCAUGCAGAUGUUUAACAUGGAAGAUGAUAUGCUGAAAGCAAUAUCCGAAAUAAUGGAACUGCAGAAAACCCUGGAAGGAAUUCAGUAUGAUAAUAGCAUAUUAAAGAUGCAAAAUGAACUAGAUGUUCUAAAGGGAAAAGUUCAUGAUUUUAUAGCAUAUUCGAGUACAAAAGAAAAGGAAACUUUGGAAGAAUAUAAUCUAGAAAAUAAAGAAAUUAGUGAUGAUUCUUAAGUUCACUACAUGUAUUCUGAUGAACCAUAUUACUAUAUGUAAAUAGGUUACGUCCAUGUUUUUGAGUUAUAUUGAUAUUUGUCAUUUUAUUGUAAAAAUAAGUGAGAUAUCCACACAAAUGAAUUAUCCAUAUAAUCAAGACUUAUCUUUUUAGGGCCAGGGAUUUAGCUCAGUGGCACUGCACCUGCCUCGCAGGCACAAGGUCCUGAGUUCAAUCGCUGGUACAAAAAAAAAAAAAAAUUUUUUUAAGCUCUAAAAGUUAUUUAACCAUUUCAAAUAGAAAUACUAUAGUUCUAAAAUACAUUUCUCUGUUUUUAAGGCAAUAUACUUUAUCUUUAAAAUAUUUUUCCAACAAUGAAUUAUGAGUUUAGCCUAUUAUAUAUUGGACCCAAAUAUAUUGCUGUCUCUAGGAACUAGUGAAGAGUGUUUACCAUUUUACUAAAUGACCCUAGUUUGCUGUUUUUCAAACCUGUGUUUGUUUCUUUUUCCUUUUUGUCACCUGAUCUUGGUAUCAGGCAAAUUGGUACAUAACAUGCCUUUCUCAGCCAGUUCCUCAUUUUUCCUUUGCUAAUUCACUGCAGGCUAAGAAUCCAGACAACCAAGUUCAUAGGAGUUUUGUCUGCAUUAAAUAUGAUGUGCCUCAGGGAGAGAAUGGAGGCUUUUCUAUAAGUUAAUACGCACUUUCUAAAUAUUAUGAAGGCUGGGAAAUAGUUUACUUUAGGUUCCAAACUGUUACACUCAUAAGAAUUUUAAAAUAUGAGUAAAUAUGUUUUUAUUUAAGCCCUUUCCUAGUAGUUGUAUAUGCUUUGAAGUAUGAACUUGUGGAAUAUCUUUGUAUACCUGGGCUUUUAUUUUUAAAGUUUGAACUGGGAUAGACUCCUGAGUUUGCUAGAUACAUAAUCUCUUGAUAAAUUAGUCAAGUUAAAAUAAAAAUACAUGAAUAAGCCUGUAGCCUGUUUUAAAGAGGAAAAAAAGCAACAUAAUAAUACAUGGUAAUAAUUAUGAUAAUUAAAAGUGUGUUGGGCCAGGGAUUUAGCUCAGUGGUUUCACCGCCUGCUGUGCAAGCACAAGGACCCAAGUACCAAAAAAAAAAAAAAAAGUGUGUCGUUUUUUAAAGAUUUCCCCAAACUUUUGGAACUAAAUUUGUUUCACAUACUGAUUUUUUUUUUUUUUUUUUUUUUUUGAGACAAGGUCUUUGUAGUCCAGGCUGGUCUUGAACUCACUAUGUAAUCCAUGCUGGCCUCAAACUUGUGGCAAUCAUCUUGCCUUACCCUCCCAAGUGCUGGGAUUACAGGCCUGGGCUGCCAUGUGUGGCUCCAUAUUGAUUUUAUUUUAUUCAAAGCCGUAGAAUGUAGCCAACUAUACUAUGUAGUUGUAUAUGGAAAUUCAGUUCUUACUUCUUUAUUUCUGCCAGUAACCAUCCACUUUUAUAGGCAGUUUCAGUGAAAUUAAACAAAAAGAACUUGAAAGCAGUUAGUUACAAAAGGUAGUUAUAGUCAGUAGUUUUAUUAUGUAAAUUUGCAAGUUUUUGGAAAAACCCCAAACCCACGGGAAUUAGAAGGGUCUGUGGUAAACAGCCAUGCGUUAUUAAAAAUAAACCUGGAAGAGUGCUAUUAUUGAGUCAUAGCAUUAAUUUCUAGCAUUUCUUGACUCCUGAAUGUCUCAAGUUUUUAUCUGUGCACUGACAAAACUGUACUUGUUUGCUUUUAUUUGAAUGUCAAUAAAAUAGAUUAUUAUAUGUUUA